UCAUCCUUCUCUCCGUCUCUUCGUUCUGAUCGCGAGCCUCCGUAGUAGUCCCAUUCUCUUACUUUCUCUCUCCUCUUGUAGCUGUAGAUAAUGGCUGUAAAAGGGAAGAAGGUGAAGGGGAAGCAGGUUGCUGGAAAAGGGUCAUCGGGAAAGAGGAAACGUGAUGAUACGGACAAGACUGGCAAACGGAAGAGAAAUAAUCCUGGCGUACUCCAGUUUUUCGACGUCGCCGCUGAUGUUGAAGACGAAGAAGAUCAAAGCGAAGACGAUUGGUUUUCUGACGAUGAUUUUUUGGAUAAGACUGACGCAGAGCUAAAGGACAAGAAUGAAGCUGGAAAAUCCCAUCACCUCCCUUUUAUUCCUAAAGAAGAGGAGCUGAGUGAUGAUGAGCUUGCAGAACUGUUGAAAGAACGUUACAGGCCUGGUUCACGGCAUGUUGUCUAUGCUGAAGACGAUUAUGAGGAUAAAAGUUCUCUUGCAGGAAAUGGGCUUAUGCCUUCUGAUGACGAUCCAACCAUUUACAAAGUCAAGUGCAUGGUUGGACGUGAGCGAUAUUCAGUAUUCUGCCUUAUGCAAAAGUAUGUUGAAUUGCAAUCUCUUGGAACCAAGCUGCAGGCUAUUUCUGCUUUUUCUCUUGAGCAUGCAAAAGGUUAUAUGUUCAUUGAAGCUUAUAAGGAAUUUGAUGUAGUUGAGGCAUGUAAAGGGCUUUGUAGUAUAUAUUCCAGUAGAUUGUCAAGUGUACCAAGAAAUGAAGUUUCUCAUUUAUUCAUCACAAGAAGUAAGACCAGUGAAGUUUCUGUGGGCUCAUGGGCUCGCAUGAAAUAUGGGAUAUACAAAGGUGAUUUAACACAGGUUGUGGCUGUCAAUGCUGCACGUAAAAGAGCAACAGUAAAGCUUAUCCCAAGAAUUGAUCUACAAGCUAUCGCCAAAAAACUUAGUGGUGAAGGAACUGUCAAACGAACUUCUGUCCCGGCACCUAGACUGAUAAGUUCCAGCGAACUUGAGGACUUUCGGAAACAUAUUCAAUAUCGACAGGAUCGUGAAUCGGGCUUUUAUUUCGAGAUAAUUGAUGGCUUGAUGCUGAAAGAUGGUUAUUUGUACAAAAGAGUAUCCAUUGAGUCGCUAUGCUGCUGGGAUGUGGUGCCUUCAGCUGAUGAGCUCCAGAGGUUUGAGGCUUCUAAGGAACAUCAAUCUGAUGAUACCGAGUGGCUUUUGGGGCUUUAUGGUGAGGGAAGGGGAAAGUUUCCCGAGAUGAGUGACAACGAGAAAACCAAUGUAUCCAAAGGUACAUCAGGGACUAUGCAUGGGAGUGGUUUUGAACUGCAUGAUCUUGUGUUUUUUGGUGAGAAAGAUGUUGGUGUUAUCAUAGGCAUGGAGGAGAGUGACAGAUUCCAGAUACUCAAAGACAGUGAGGGGGAAGUAGAAACUGUGACUGUUGAGCUGGAUGAGUUGAGAAGUGGAUCUGACGAUGGAAAGUUUACCCCUUUAGAUCAUCACAGGGAGACCAUAUCCAUCAAUGAUGCUGUUAGUGUUUUAGAGGGUCCAUUUAAGGAUCGGCAGGGGGUUAUUAAACAAAUGUACAGGGGCACCCUCUUUAUCUUUGAUGAAAACCAACUGGAGAGUGGUGGUUACUUCUGUAUUAAGUCCCACUUCUGUGAGAAAUUGAAGCAUUUGAAGGAUGCUUCUCAGGAAAAUGUUGAUGAUGGACCAGGACCCCCAGGCUUUCAGGAUUCCAUGGCAUCUCCCAAAUCACCUUCAUCAUCCCCAAAAUCUUCUCCACCCAGAAAACCUUGGGAAGCAAGGGGCAACUUUCGCGAUUCCAACAACAAUGGCCAAGGAGAUAGUGAUGGAAUAUUCUCGAUUGGGCAAACUGUGAGAAUCAGAGUUGGUCCUUUAAAGGGUUACUUGUGCCGUGUCAUUGCCAUUUAUCGCUCUAAUGUUACUGUUAAGCUCCAUUGUCAACUGAAGGUUCUUUCAGUUAAAUGUGAGCAUCUUUCGGAGGUUCGUGUGAAGACUUCCGGAGAGUCUUUUAGCAGGGAUCCUGCUUCCAAAUCAGAAAUUGGAAAUCAAGAUUGGUCGAGAGAUCUGAUGGACGGAAAGGGAGCAUUUGGAGAAAGUAAUGGAUGGAAUUCUUCGGGAUUGUCUACUGGGAGGAAUUCUUGGCCUGAUUUCUCUGCCUCUGGCUUUUCGACCGAGUCCCCUUCUGCAAAUCCUUUUCAGUCCACAGCAAGUGAUCCUAAAAAAGACGAAGGAGAUGAUGCUUGGGGAAGCAAGUUGGGUCCAACUGCUGGUAAUAAAACUACGGACAGCUGGGAAACAGCAAUUGGUUCUCGUGAAGAUCAGAACUCAGCGUGGGACAAAGUAGCAACUAAGAACAAGGCCCAGGAUGCCGUCAAUGAUAAGGUUGGCAAUUGGGGUGGGAGUGCAGACUGCUGGGAUAAAUCUACUGCUAAAGAUGGCUUUGGCAGCAGUAAGUCCGAUGGCUGGGAAAAAGCAAAGUUUCCGAAUGAAGGGAAGGCAGGCUGUUCAAGAGAUGCAGGUGACAGCUGGGACAAAGACCAGGGCUGGAGUGCAAGUCAGUCUGAGAAAUGGGGUGGUAUGAAAGAAAAUCGUGACGGUGAGCCAAUGGAUCAGAAAAAAUCGGAUGAUCUUUGGCAUAAAGGGGAAGUUGGGCGUGUAAAUCAUGCGAGUGGAUGGAAUUCUGAUGCUAUUAGACAAGAUCAACCAAAUUCUUGGGAUAAGGGGAAACAAAUUGUCGGAAAUGAUGGUUCAGCACUGGACUCUGAAGGUAAAUCUAAAACUGAUAAUGCAAACCAAGAAGAGUCUGGGGGGAGAGCCACUGAUUCUUGGAAGGGGGAGGGUGGUACAGCUGGAAGUAGAACAGAUUGGAACAGUGCAACGGCUGCAGGAGGUUGGGGUAGUGUGGCAGGCAGUUCUUUAGCAAAGGGCGAUCAAGGGAGUAGCUGGAACAAAGACAAAGGCUGGAGUGCAAGUCAAUCUGAGAAAUGGGGUGGUAUGAAAGAAAAUCGUGAAGGUGAGCCAAUGGAUCGGAAAAAAUCGGAUGAUCUUUGGCAUAAAGGGGAAGUUGGCAAUGUAAAUCAUGGCAGCGGAUGGAAUUCUGAUGCUACAAGGUGCGAUCGACCAAAUUCUUGGGGCAAGGGGAAGCAAACUGAUGUAAAUGAUGGUUGGGCUCUGGACUCUCAAGGUAAAUCAAACACUGAUAAUGCAGACCAAGAGAACUCGUGGGGAAAAGCUGCGGAUACUUGGAAAGGGAAGGGUGGCACAACUGGAAGCAAGACAGAUUGGAACAGUGCAACAGCUCCAGGAGGUUGGGGUAAUGCACCUGACAGUUUUAUUGCAAAGGGAGAUCAAGGAAGCAGCUGGAAUAAAGACAAAGGCUGGAGUGCUAGUCAAUCUGGGGAAAGAAAUAUGAAAGAAAACCAUGACAAAGUAAAUCUAGAAGACUCUUGGGGCAAAGCUUCAGACAGUUGGAAAGCAAAGGAUGGUUCAAGUGGAAGUAAGUCAGACUGCUGGAACAGUGCAACAGCUGCUGGUGGUUGGAAUGCAAGCCAGACCGAGAAUAAGGGUGGUACCAAUGGUGGAUGGAACAGGCCAAGGGCAGCUGGUGCUGAUGAAACAUUGGCCUGGAGAGAAGGGGAUGCUACAGAAAAUGAAACAGAUGGAAGAAAAGAAGAUCAAAAUGGCUGUUGGGGCAAACCAAAAAGUUUUGAUGGGGGUCGGGGUUCUGGUGGGAGAAGAGGAAGAGGAGGAAACAGAGGAGGAGGUAGAGGUAAUUUUGGUAGGGGUAGAUCUUAUGGUGGGAGUGAAGGUGGGAGCCAACCCAGAUGGAGUAAUGGAUCAAAUGGAAGUGAAGGUGGGGGUGGAGGUGGUUGGAAUAGUAGCAAUGUUUCCUCUGAAGAUCAGCAUACCGGUGGGAAAAGUGGAAAAAGUGAUAUGGGGGGAAAUCAAGCAUCUGGUUGGGAUAGAAGCAGCAGUUGGAAUAUUCCCAAAGUGUCAAAUGAAAACCAGUCAUCUGGUUGGCAGAGAGGGGAAAGUGACGCAGGAGGAAAUCAAUCUACUUGGGAUAAAAGCAGUUGGAGUACGCCCAAAGGUUCUGCUGAGAACCCGGCUGUUUGGAAUCAAGGAUUUGGUGCGAAUGAAGCAGAUGGACAUACAGAUCAAGGACGUUCAUCAGGUCCCACUAGAGGAGGCUUUGAACAUAGGGGCCGUGGAAGGAGCAACCAUUCUAGUGGCUGGGGCAGAGGGCGAGGUUCUGGUGAGGAAGGUUCAUUUAGGCGGAACAAUGAUACAAAUGAUAGUGAACAUGGGUGGAGUGGCAGUGGUCGUGCUGAUAGUUGGAACCAAAGAGGUGGCUUCGGAAAUAGAGGCCGUGGGAGGAGGGAUCAAUCUGGUGGUGGCAGGGGCAGAGGACGAGGUUCUGGUAGGGAAGGUUCAUGUAACUGGAACCAGAACAAUGGUGAUGGUCAAGGAGAUCGUGUCAGCAGUUGGAACCAAGGAAGUGAUGCUGGUAAGGGACAGUGGCAGGGUUGGAGUGUUGGACAUAGUGGUCAAAGUAGAGAUGGAGGUGGUUCUUCAGAGGCUGGUGGAGCAAGCUCCUUGGGCAAAAGACAAGAUGAAAAUCCAUGGGGUAAUACCACUGGUUCUUGGGGAGCAAGCUCCGUAGGCAAUCGAAAAGAUGAAAAUCCAGGGGGUGAUACCACUGGUACUUUUGGAACCAGCUCUUCGAGCAAAGGAAAAGAUGAAAAUGCAUGGGGCAAUGCCGCUGGUUCUUGGGGAGCAAGCUCUUCCGACAAAGGAAAAGAAAAUCAAUGGAGUAAUGCUGCUGGUUCUUGGGGCAAGGGAAGCGGCAGUGAUGGUGGUGCAAAGAGUGGAUGGUGACACUGGGUGAAGUUCUUCAUGGGAUUAUAAACAGUAGGGUUAUCUUUGCCUUGAGGAUUUGUAGUCUUUUGUUUCAUUUAAGAGCACUGGUGAUUCAGAACUGUAAACAGCAGGUUAUAUAUAACCCUUUGUUUU